AGUUUUCUAUUUUAUGGAAAAGUGUAAAUAUCGUAUGUAAUAAUUGUCAAAACAUGUUACAAGUAUCUAGGUCAAUUGAUGAGAUAAAUAAAGACUGGUCAAUUGUUGUCCAUUUGAAACCACGAGACUUGUAUGAUAUGGGAGUAGAAGGAGAUAGUGAAGUUUAUGAAGUUGAACCAUUUCCGCAACAAGACUUCAAUCAAUUUUUCAGGGACUUUGAUCAAUUUCCACUGUUUAGGGAGGAUGAAGAUGAUGAAUUAAUAAAUGAGGAGAAUCCUAAUUAUGAAUUUGAAGAAAAUAACUCAAUGUCAGAGUAAUAACUUUUUCAUGAUAUGCCAAAGCCAAAAAGGAUUAGGAACUUGCUGAAAUCAGUUGCUGGAACCCCCCCAAAUUCAACAUGUUACAUCUUGUUCAAGUCCAUCUGUUGGUAACCAUUUGCAAACUAAUGAUUCACCUCAACCUACACAAGAGGAAAUUGCACAACAACAAAGCACACAACAUGAAACUACUCAAGAGGAAACUACACAACAACCAAGUACAGAGCAAGAAACUACACAAGAGGAAUCUGCACAACAAAGCACACAAGUAGAAGUUGAAACAGUGCAACGUAAAGGUGGAAGACAUUCCACCCAUUAUUGGUUUGUUGAUGUUAUAGAUGAGCAUAAAGUUUCUAAGAAAUUAAAGGUGAAGGUUAAGGAUGUUCAUAACUUUCCUAAUGGAUUGCAUGCUAUUGUCAACUAUGAUGAGAGAUUUCAACCUAUUGGAGAGGCAUCCGGUUUACUUGGAGGGGUUUGUGGACAAUUAGCAACAAAUCACCUUUUGUGUCCUAUAAGUUUUGAAAGUUGGUCAUAUGUUCCAGAUACUUAUAAGGAUAAUGUGUGGGAUACUGCCUUGAAGUCUCAAUUUUUUUUCAAGGUAAAUAAAGAUUUGGCAAAAAGAGAUGUUAUGUUUAAAGUUGGAAAGCUAUGGAGGGAGUACAGAUGUAAGCUCUGGAAUGAAUUUUAUGACCCACUUUUGAGUAGAAAUGAUCUUAUCAAGAAUGUUCCAAAGGGACUUAGCAUGGAUCAAUGGGCACUAUUUGUUGAUUACCGCUUGAAAACUUCUACAAUGAACCUUUGUAAUAGAAAUAGAGAGAUAAGGAAAAGACAAACUAUUCCUCACACUGGUGGUGCCAUGCCUUUGUCAAGGAGAAGGGAUAAUUUGGAGAAAAUUGAUGAAUUAUUGUUGCAAAACCCAGAAAUUGCAUAUGAUAUUUCUCCAAAUGAUCCAAUUGGUGUCAUAUUUGGUAAAGAGCAUCCAAGUCGUGUUAGAGGAUUAUCAUUCAGAGCUUGUCCUACCCUUGCUUUUAAGCAUACCACCACAAGGCUAAGUGGUGUCACCUUUGGUUCAACUAGUGCAAGUGCACUAAAUAUGGAAGAAAAGUUUGCAGAUAUGCAAAAUGAACUUGCAACUGUUAAAUCUCAAAUGCAAACGCUUCUUUCUUAUAUUGCUGGAGGAUGCAACAUACCUGAAGAUUUGGCUGUAAUGGCUGCUGGCUUAGUUCAUACUUCUGUUAAUCAAGCAUCAGAUGUUGGAAGUGGUGCUCUAUCACCAAACAACAUAAGAGGAUCAUCAAGAGGAAGCAAUGGUGAUAACGAGGGUGGCCAAAGGAAGGCUAGUUAGGCACAUUAGUAUAUUAGAAAAUGCUACUUUAGUUUAUGUAAUGAAUCUAAAACUUAUGAAGUACUUUGAGUCUCUUUGAUAGAACUAUUUAUGUUUUCCCUAAUACAAGUAUUG